GUCGUGAGGACUGCGACGUCGAAGCGACUUUACAGGAUUGCUUUUUUUUUUUUUUCGAUGUCCUUUUGAAAUCUUGUACUAACUUGGCUUUUUGAUUUUUACAGAGAACUUAAUUUGGAGAGGAUUUUUGCAUAAAUCGAUGCCGUAAAAAGUGACUGCGAGAAAAGGGAGAAAAGGCGCCUUGAUCAGGAAACGACGAGAAAGCACUUACAGCAACGACCGUUGAAUAUUUUGCUCUACAAGAAAGGAAGUACCGAGAUACCUUCGUGCUGCUGCUAAAGAGCUCGCUGUUCAUCGGGAGUUGGACCGCCAGCUCGCUGUUGGCAAUUUUCAAUUCGGAUUUCUUUCUUUUUUUAUUCCAAAUCCCAGAUUUUUUAUCCGGACUUUUUUUUUAUCAUUAUUACUAUUAUUAUUAUUUUUUUGAAUUUUACGUGGGAAGUGUAUUGUACCUGCCCGAUCGCACGUCCUUCUCCUCUCAUUUUGGAUUUGUACUUUCAAAAUCGGAACCUCUCGCAACUUCGAUCCAGGGCUGAGUCGGGACCUGAAACUGCCGAUUAAUCCCGUCCAGGUCCCCACCAUCAUGAGUCAGACCGAGAUCUCGACUUGCUCCGCGCCGCAACGGGUAUUUCAAGAGGCGGUGAAGAAGGGCAACACCAAGGAGCUGCACUCCCUGCUCCAGAACAUGACCAACUGCGAAUUCAACGUCAACUCGUUCGGUCCCGAGGGCCAGACGGCGCUGCACCAGUCCGUCAUCGACGGCAACCUGGAGCUGGUCAAGCUGCUGGUGAAAUUUGGGGCGGACAUUCGACUGGCCAACCGGGAUGGUUGGAGCGCCUUGCACAUCGCCGCUUUCGGGGGUCACCAGGACAUUGUCUUGUACCUGAUCACCAAGGCCAAGUACUCGGCGGGUGCCCGGUGAUGAGAGCCGCUGCGGCCGGACGACACCAAAUCGAGGGCCGCCGCAGUCCUCCGGGUGGCGAAAUAUAAACGCAUUGAAAGUGGCGCUGGCCUGGUACUCGAGCGGCGACGCGGAGGACUGGCGCACCACUGGGGGAUCCACGAAGAGCGCUUUGAAAGCUGGGCGCGGAGGUGACCUUCUCGAGACCUGCCCUGUGUAGAUGGCCUUCUCGCGUGGCUUUCUUCUCAUUCCCUUUUUUUUUUUUUGCCCUUUUCUUUUAUUUUUGUGUGUAUCGGAAUGUCUCCCAUUACACUGCCCUGUAGGGGAAUCGGGAUCUGCGCGUCUUGGGGGUUCCAAUGUCCUCUCCGCACGCCCCGCACAUUGAGCGGUUGAACAGAAUCAGUAUUUAUUGAACCGGCCAUGGCCCCCCUGGGGGGUCUUCUUGGUUUUUUUUGUUUUUAUUUUUUCUUUACGAGGCAUGUUUGAUCUACGAAGGUACAUUAGCGCCAUUCUUUGCCAUUAAGUCUCUAUGGGUGGGAGAAGAUGCAACAGGCUAAAGUCUUCGUGCUCCGCCCCCUCGCAGUGUACACCCCGAAACCCUGCCGAGGAUCGGGGGGUCCUUUCUCCGUUGACUCCUAUGGACCUGCUUUUGAUUGAUUUUAUUUUAUUUUUUUUGUCCGUUUUCUGUGCCAUCUACCUCGACUUUACAGUAUUCGUUUGGAACAUUUUCUGGAUUUUUGGUUUUUUUCUUCCUUGCUCGAGAAUAUUGCGGGAACGCGCGCCCCCGUUCCCUGCACGCUCUUUUGUUCCAGACGGAAAGCGGGUGUCCCCCCCCCCCUCCUGUUAAUUCUCUUGUCGAGUGUGUGUGGGGGGGGGGGUGCCCCCCAUUUCAGUCUUCUUGUGAAGCCAGUAAACGCGAGCAAGACGCGCUCCUCAUCUUCAUCAUCUUCACCCCGCCUGCGCUUUUCAAGUGCCUUUUGCGAGACCACCAACACCCCCCCCCCCCCCCCCCCCCAGUCCCUUUCACUUUAACCGCAUGUUUUCUUGGUGUACACUUCACAAUCUUGGUCAAAAGGGCAGCGAGCGCUUUCAAUGGGUUUAUAUUUGAUUAUCUCUUAAUGAGAAGAUACAGUAUGUACCUAUAUAUAUGUAUAUUGCAAGUAUGUUGCAAUUGUAUCCGAUAAUUAAUCUUUUAAGAUUUUGUUCUUAUGUUGGGAUUUACGAAAACGAGUGUAAAUGCAUUGACUGUUUUCUUGUUUUUUUAAAAAAGGCAGGGAGUUUCUGUUGCACAAAACGUGGAGCUUUUCGCGCCCCCUGGUGGCUGUCUAAUAUUAUUAUUGUUAUUAUAUUAUUAUUAUUAUUUUUUGGAACCAUUCGUGUGCUGAAGCCAAUAACUAUUUACUACUGAAUAGGCGACAAGAAAAGAACAGGGGAGGGGGGGGGGGGGGGGGUGUGGGGGGGUUACUCGGGAUUUUUUUUUUUGGCCUACAGUGCGCAAUCCCCCCCCCCACUUCUCAAUGCUAACUAAGGACGAGUUCAGAAUCACCGGCCACUUGCUGUAUGUGACAUUUACAGCGCCUUGUAACAUGCGAUGCUGCUUUAAUGGACGGUGUGUGUGUGUGUGUGUGGAGCGCGCGCGCGCUUGUUCUCCGGGUGCGCGCGUCUCUCUCUCCGAUCUCCUCUUUUUAUUAUUUUUUUUUCCAUUCCAACCCUAACAACCCCCCCCCCCCCCCCCAGGGUUGUGUAUUUAUCACUGAGUGUCCGAGUGAGAAGAAGUUUAUUAUUUUUUUUUUUUUCCUGGAUGAAUGAAUCAUUUGAAGAAAAGAAAGUGAGAAAGAAUCAGACUUGGAUUGAUGAGAAAAGGAAACAAAAUAUGCAUUGCUUAUUUUAAACUUGAGAAAUCCAAUUGUUGACGUUGCACUGAUGACUGCUUGCUUAUUGUGUUGGUUUCGUGCCAACUUUAUUAUUUUUUUUCUAAAUAGAAAAAAAUAAGAAACACAUCAAAUACUAUUGUAUGCGGAGCUCCUGGCUGCAGACUUUGAUUUUAUUUUAUUUUUGUCUCUUUGCAGAACGUAAUGUUUGCAAAGACGUGUUGUAUCUCUGUCAUUAAAGGAAUAAAAAAAAGAAAUAAUAAUGUAAGAGAGAAAGAAGAAAAGAAAAGAAAACGGAAUCAAACAAAAAAAAAAAUCAAACCGACCGGCCGGCCAUUUCUUUUGUGAAGUGUCCUCUCGGUGGGUUUGUGUGAAAGGGAAACAAUGGAUGUCUGGGCGGUGUGUGGGGGGGGGGGGGGGGGGGGUGUUUAGCGGGGGGGGGGGGGGAUUUUUUACUUGAUUGUGUCAUAACAUUUAUGACAUAGGAGUAAAAGAAAUCAGAAAAAAAAAUUUUGGAACAAAUGAAUUAAAAAUGUUCUAGAUUGGUAUUUCUGGACCAACUUCUGUGAAUGUCUUUGCUUUUUUAGGUUUUAAAAAUGCACAGGUAAUGCAAACAGCUCGGUUUUAUUCUUUCGGAAAAAUAAAAAAACAAACAAAAAAGUAAGAAAGAAGAAGAAGCCGGUUUGCAGAUGGAUGUUCCAUUUAUUUCUAAAUGUUGUAACACUGUGUUUAAUGUGAAAGUGUAUGCUGUAAUUUUGUACAUUUGUGUACAAGGCAGUAAAGAAAAUCAUUAAACCUUUACUUGUGAAGAAAACGAA